UACCAAUAAUUGGAACACGGGUUGGGUCGGGUUCUACGGGUUGUGUAAUCCAAAAUCCAAACCCAACCCAAAAGAGGCGGGUUGUACAAAAGAAAACCCUAACCCAACCCAAAAUCUUCGAUUUAGCGAUACAUACGGGUGGGUUGGGUCGGGUUGGACGGGUGAGUCGGUUUGCGGGUGUGUUUGUUCACCCCUACUUCUGCGGCAAAAAGGGUGGGAAAAGAAAGAGAGAUCCUAUACGCGCCUCAACGAGUUCCGUUCCAUUGUAGGCAACCUGUUCGGUGAAAUGCCGCACUGAAGAUGAUCAUCGUUUGUCUCAGUCCGCCCGUCUUUCUUCUUCCUCAUGCUCGAUUUAGUGGUUCUGAGCUUCUGAGUUACGUUGGUAUCGGCGCUUUGUUUGGAGCUCCGCUAAAAUGGUCAUUCUGACCUGGCUGCCAAUAGUGUGCAGGCGCAACUCCUUUCGGCGUUGUAUGCCUAAAAGUAUCAAUUCCAGCCGAGGGUCCAUUGCUGGACGGUAAAGGUGAGUUUCAUCACAUCCCUUUUAGCUGAAUUUGUGAUUCAUUACGAUUUACAAGAUAGCUUUAUGGUCCGCCUAGGUGUGCAAUUCCUUGAACCAUUGAUGGCAAUGAGAGCUAUAAUAUUCGGUUCUUAGCUUUUGCUGCAGGAGAAUCCGUGGAACUAUUGCCAGGUUUCGCGGGUUGGUCUUCUCUUUCAGCUGCUCCUGGUUGUGUUCAUAAGGGCUUGACUUAUAUGCAUUGGCUAACCUCGUUCAAGAGACUCCCAAUCUUGAUGACGAUAAGGCACCAGAAUGUUGGAUAACAGUUAAAGAGAUACCUUGAAAUCCAAGUGAAGAACAGAGUGAAAGAGCAUUAUGUUAAUGGGAAGGUUGAGAAUUUAAUGACGAAUGUCAUUGCAAACCCAGAAAGUCUUGAGGGUGCUUACUAUUGCAUUAGGCUCAACUUGAACAUCGAUAUCUGGUCAAUCGAUCAUAACAUCUCGUUCCAAUCCAUGGCUGAUGAGCUCUUGAGUGGGACUUUUAGUAUUGUGGAGAAUACGUUUUCCAUCUCGACAAGGGGGAGGUGAAAGAAGUACUUGUCUUACCUGAAGUUGUCAGUUGUUCAGGAGGCUAUCAGGUUGGUGUUGGAAGUUGUAUACAGGCCUCAUUUCUCUAAGGUAUCUCAUGGUUGUAGGAGUGAGAGAAGCCACUCUACUGCUUCAUCAAGAAAGAGUUCAGGAAUCCAGAUUGGUGGUUUUCACUUUUCAGUGAUCUUAAGUUAGAAGUUGGGUGCUUGUGUUUUUGCCAAGCUUAUAUCAGUUAGGGAGGAAGCAAUUAAAGAUACCUGCUUGUUCGAGGCGAUUCAGAGAUGUUUGGUGGUUUCCCCAAAGGGCAUGGUCUCCCACAAGGUGUGUUGUCUCCUAUAUUGACGAACAUAUAUCUUGAUCUCUCUGACCGAGAAUUCUACAGGCUGUCGGUGAAAUAUGAAGCUCUAAUUCCAGGCGGUCCAUUACGUGAAGAAGUGUCACGUUCUAAUCUGCGGACUUCUUUUAAGAGGCAGAUGAAAUGCAGCGAUAAUAGGAAUGAGGAGUCUGGUCCAAGAAUCUUUUGUUGUCGGGUCAUGGAUCAAUUACUUUUUGCAGUUUCAGGACCCAAAGAUGUUGCUGAUUUCAAAUCUGAGGUUAUAGAUUACUUGCGUAGCUGUUUGCACUUAGAUGCUACUUGCUAGUUGCUAGUAGUGAUGCACAGAUAUUAUCUAGUACCGACAGUCAAGGCAUCAGUUUCUGGGUACUUUGGUUAGAAGAGAGAUUAAGGAGACUCCUGCUGUAAAGGCUGUUCACAAGUUGAAGGAGAAAGUGAAGUUAUUUACAUCACAGAAACAGGAGGCAUGGGAGAGAGGCGUUGUUGGAAUUGGAAAAAAAUGGUUAGGCCAUGGUUUGAGAGAGGUCAAAGAGUCAGAGAUUAAGCAUUUAUCCGACCCGAAGUCUCUCUUAAGCCAAAUUUCAUCCUUUCGCAAACCUGGGAUGGAAACCGAUCAUUGGUACAAGCUUCUAGUCAAGAUAUGGGUACAAAACCUUGAUGCUAAAAUUGUACGAAGUGAGCAGCUCAUCAUAUCUGGCAUUGUGGAACCUGCCCUCCCAAAUGACCUCAGGGAUUCCGACUUGGAAUUCAAGAAGUGUGCAGAAAGUUAUGUUCAUUUCGAGACAGCUACAACGCCUGCUCUUCUUCCAUGUUCUAAUCACCCUCCUGCUGAAACUGUUACAAAGAUCAUUGCACCUGUUUAUGCCAUUAAAAAACGUUUGUUCAAUAUGGAUUGGUCACUAUUAGAGGACAACCUUGUGCAGCGCGCUCACUGUUAUUACCGGAUGACAUCCAAAUCAUUCAUUGGCAUAAUCAGCCGUUGGCUUAGGUGGUAUAGCUACUGUGAUAACUUCUCUGAAGUUGAGGCCAUUUCGAGAUCAGCUGAGGAAAUCUUGCAUCCGUACCCUAGGUGUCGAAUCCAUGAGGAUGCCAUUGAGAAACGAUUUGAUGCUGAACUGAGCAAGUUUUCGUCAACUGUGGAUAAGCUAGGUGAUGACAUAGGGUUUAAUUCAUCGUAAGUGAAAAAACUGUGUGAUGAUGAUGCUGGAGCCAUGACAUACGGAGCUUCAUAUAGUGGCUCAUGUUUGUUAUCAUUAACAAGAAUGGUGAGUGAGCGAAGGCCAUGUGACUGUUUUGUUAUGGAGUGCUCAGCUCCAGCACCAUCUGUUUAUACUGUGCAUGUGAUGCAGCGGCAGAAGUUCCUGGAUGGAAGACUGGGUUUUCAACUUGUAUUCAUCCCAGUUUAAACAAAAGGCGCAUUGGGUUGUGUAAGCAACACUUGCCGGAUUUUUAUCAUCUUGGACGAAUAUCACUUCAGUUGGUUGAUUUGGGUUCAUGGAAUUAAACAUUUUAAUCACUUGAUUGCAUUAAAGCCACCUAAGAUCAACUGGUAUGGCUGCCAGAAAAAAAGGAGCAUGUUGGUAUUAGCUCAAAAUCAAAACUUGCUAUACAUUUAGGCUUCUGGCUUGUACGGAAUCAGUAAUCUUCUUUACGUUAUUUUCUAUAAAGAUGACCUUCACUCAUGGAUUGCUCCUGUUCAUCUAUAUCAGGGUGGGUGGCUGCAGCGCGGGUAAGAGAUUGUAAUAAUCUGACUUGAAAGCCAGCCUUGCUUCUGUCAGAUGGCUGCAAGAGUUGUCCAAGGAGGAAACGACGAGGACUUAAAUGUAUAUAAUGUAUAGUGAAUAGGUUAAUUUGUAAGAUUCAUUUAAUUAGUGUACUGUAUAGGAUUUUAGUUUAUUAUAUAUAUGAGAUAUGUAAUGGAUAAUGGGGUUUUUUCCCUCUUCUGAUGAAAUGAAAUCUGCCUAUCGGC